AAUAAUCUAGUAUUUUAAAUAUUUUAGUCAAUCGCAAUAAUAAUAAUGAUCAAAGUUCACCAAAAAGAAUUGAUGAUCUUAUGGCUUCUUUUUCUGAUUCUGAGGUGUUUUCUGCAGCGAGAAAUAUUGGUUGACGUGAGAAGAGAAGAAAAAAUGCAACAAAAUGAAAGACACAAAGAUAAUGGAUAUGGUAAAAAAGAAGUAGAUUUUGUACCACAUACACCAGCACAAGUAAAUAGUAAAAAUAUAUCUGGACCACCAGUUUAUUAUCCACCUGGAUCUGGUGAAUUUAAAAUGAAAGAAGAAAGAUCUAUGAUUCAAGGAGGUGGUGAAUGGGCCAAGGCACGAGGUGCAUAUGAAUACGAGGCAUCAAGUAAAAGUAAAAAAAGUGAAAAAAGUGGUAAAGCUGUUGUUCCAGUUUGUUUACCACUGUGUUGUGCUCUUCCUUGCGUUAUCAUGUAAUUUUUU